CGGGGAGGGGACCCUUUGCAGUGCAGGAACUUGCCAAGAUUCAAUCUCCUUGUCUAGUGUAUCCCCAUUCCUGUUCUAGCAGUGUAGAGCAAAGCAAAUUGUAGCUCUUGGUUUAGUGGUUUUUGUAGAUCUGUAAAUAUCAGAGGAAGUUAAGCUGUAGGAGUCUGAGUGGGUGGUUCUAUCGGUGAAUUUAAGUAGCUUGCUUUUUUUUUUUUUUUUUUUUUAUCGCCUCCUAACCACAAAAAUAGCAGUGUUCAAACAUGCAAAGCAAAAGUAAUACAAACGCAGAUGUGAAAGGCAGGUUUAAAGAGACAACAUUUUUCUAAGCUUUGUGGCACCUGUUUUCCACUUUUGGAAGGGAGGUUCUUUUACACCAAUAGAGCAUAUCGGCUACUUUUAAAAAUAAUGAGCAUAGUUGGUCUUAAGCUGUAUUGAGUUUUCAUGCUGUGCAUUCAGGUUACAGAUGAGACCACAGCUCCUGACACUGUCUGGAAUGAAGUCGACUCUCUAAGAUGUCAACUGGAGGAAAUGGUUUGUGAGAAACAGAACCUCCAGGAUAAUAUCUGUUCCACGUCGGGCAGCUAUCGGGUACUUCAGCAGAAAAGUGAUGAGCAGCAGAUUCUGUGUUGGAGAAUAUGAUGUUUUACAAUUCCCAAGUGUUACACAAUUAAAGAAUAAAAAAGAAGGCAAGCAAAAUAGGUGCCAGAAGGGCUGGAGAAGCUGCCCUGAAUGGGAGUCAGACCACACUCUGCAUGUCAUUGAUUAGAGGUGCCUCUUGCUGGUACACGCCCUUAAUAGAUGCACUGGCAUUAGAACUCCUUCAGCUUGAUCAAAGACUACAGACACAGAAAUUAAAACGACCAAGUGUGAAACUCCAGGAGUGUAAACUAAUAGUUCUGAAAAGGACAGCUGGAACCCAAGUGCUAUUAAACAACAGGUGUGAAGUAUCUUCUGGUGGAGUUCAAGUUGAAGAAGACCUGUCCGUCACCAGCAUGAGUGAAAAAACUGCAGCAGACCAGUCAUCUGUCAGCGCAGUACCAUUAAACAGUUUCAACCAAGAGAAGGCACCAGUGUGGGAUCCAGCUCCAAUUACUCCAGGAAGACCUGAAAUGACAGGUCGAGAGUCACAGGAGGAGACCUGUCCAGGGGGAAGAAGUUCUAUAAUGACAACUGGGAAACCCAAAGAAGGAAAUGAAAGUGUUUCUCUAAAUAAAAGCCUGUCGGUGGAUCCAUCUCCAAAUGAUGGGAGUCUUAGUGCUAAUGUGCCAAAGAAAGAAAUGUUGACACCCAGAAGUAAAUUUAAAAUGAACCUGGAACUUGCCAAAGGUAUGGAGGCUAUUGACGAACACAAAGGACAGGAACCACCGAGCAAUUCCACAACUGACGCUGUAAAAGUUAAUGAGGACAAUGAAAACAAGGAAACCAAGAAAAUCACUGCUCCAAAAAAAGAUGACAAAAGCAUUUUGUCUGCCAAUGAUAAGGAAAUUGAGGCUGAAUUUCACCGCUUGUCAUCGGGUUUCAAAUGUGACAUGUUUACUUUGGAUAAACGACUGAGGCUGGAAGAGCGAUCCAGGGACCUGGCUGAAGGGAAUUUGAAGAAAGAGGUCAACAACUGUAACAUGCUGUUGGAGACUCUGAUCCCGCUGUGUGAAGAUGAUAACCAGUCACUGGAGAUUGUCCAAAAGCUGCAGAAGAAUUUAGACAUCCUCAAUCAGUCCAUCACCAGAGUCUCAACAAGGGCUGAAUUGCUUGGAGCAAUUCACCAGGAGAGUCGUGUCUGUAAAGCUGUAGAAGUCAUGAUCCAGCAUGUGGAGAAUCUGAAACGGCUGUACACGAAGGAGCAUACAGAGCUAGAGGAACUAAAAGAGUCCUUGUUGCAGAGUGAACGAUGUUUUGGUAACAUAGACAGAGAUGAUUUGAGAAAUAAGAGGUCUCCAGGCUCCCAGUACUAUAAGCCUUCCUCCCAACGACGGGUGAGCAUUGCAGCCAUACCGAGAAAUAGUGGAGGUCCUGUUCAUUUUGACCUGCAAAAGUUGCAUGCAAAUGCAGAAACUGGAGCUAAUGACAAAUUGUCAAGGAGACCUAGCACCUGGAGGUUGUUGGGAAUUAAGCCAAAUCCUCGUCCUACAUUACAACGGUUCAUUAGCUCUUGUACUUGGGCAGAAUCUGAUGAACCUUCAUUAAUGAAAGGGCAUGAACAUGAAACAGAAUCCCCUCCAACAGAGGAAAAGAAAGAGGAAAUUCAGGAACGAAAGCAGAGCAUCUCGGAGAACAGAAAUAUAAUAUCAGCUGUUUCAAUUACUUCCACAGUCUAUGACAAGAUAUCUUCAUAUAUUGCUGAUUUCCAAAGCUCUCUUUCUAAGACCAACAAAAGACUGUGGAUUUCGCUUAUUAUGGUUAUACUUUUUGCUUCUGUCAUUGGCCUGAUCGCUGGCUUUGCCUUCCAACCGUCUGCAGAGGCGGCUCCUGUGGGAACUGGGGACUCUUGGAUGUCGAUACAGCAGCUUCUGUGGCCUUAUGCUGGACUUAGACACAAUGGUCAGCCUCCUGUAUAACAAUCCUUUAUACUGUGAUGCUUUUUAGUAGUUCUAGUAUUUAAACAACUGAGAACUAUGACAUUCUUAUUUCAUGUAAUAUAUUUAGUUUAAAAAUGA